CAUGGCGUCAAGCACAGCCUGAAACGGAGGCGGGACUUCCGGGAUCGCCGAGUCACAACUUCCGGACGGAGGCGGAAGCGCCUCUCGGGUCUACGCUCCGGAGUCCUGGUAUCUCUGAGGGGCCAACCGGGCACAGGAGAGGGCCGCUGGAGGUUGGCCGGCCGCUCUCGGGUGUCAGGGUUGCGGAUCUGAGGGAUGAGGAGCGGCCAUGGCCAGCGACGGGGCCAGGAAGCAGUUCUGGAAGCGCAGCAACAGCAAGGUCCCGGGCAGCAUCCAGCAUGUGUAUGGAGCCCAGCACCCACCUUUUGAUCCGCUGUUACACGGCACCUUGCUCAAGUCCACGCCCAAGGUGCCCACCACCCCAGUGAAGGCCAAGCGGGUCAGCACCUUCCAGGAGUUUGAGAGCAAUACCAGUGACGCUUGGGAUGCGGGAGAAGAUGACGAUGAGCUCCUGGCAAUGGCGACAGAGAGCCUGAACUCUGAGGUGGUCAUGGAGACAGCACAUCGUGUCCUGCGCAAUCACAGCCAGAGGCAGAACCAGCCCUCACAGAAGAAGCCAGAGCCAGAGCCUCAGCCCAUAGCAGAGCCUCCUGUAGCUCCCAGUGGCGACCUUCGCCUGGUGAAGUCUGUCAGUGAGAGCCACACUCCUUGUCCUUCAGAGAGCACCAGUGAUACAGUCCCUCUGCAGCGGUCCCAGUCUCUUCCCCACUCAGCCACUGUGACACUGAGUGGGACAUCUGACACUCAUGCCCUUGGUGGCUCAGCCCUGAGUAAGAGAGAGACCUCUCGACUGGACAAGUUCAAACAGCUGCUUGCUGGCCCCAACACAGACCUUGAGGAAUUACGGAAGCUGAGCUGGUCCGGAAUCCCAAAGCCAGUUCGUCCAAUGACAUGGAAACUUCUCUCAGGUUACCUUCCUGCCAAUGUUGACCGAAGACCAGCCACGCUGCAGAGGAAACAGAAGGAAUACUUUGCUUUCAUUGAGCACUAUUACAACUCUAGGAAUGACGAAGUUCACCAGGACACCUAUCGCCAGAUCCAUAUUGACAUCCCUCGGAUGAGCCCAGAAGCACUGAUUCUUCAGCCCAAGGUGACAGAGAUUUUCGAAAGGAUCUUGUUUAUCUGGGCCAUCCGACACCCUGCCAGUGGAUACGUUCAGGGAAUAAAUGACCUGGUCACUCCGUUCUUCGUGGUCUUCAUUUGCGAGUACACAGACCAGGAGGACGUAGACAAGGUCGAUGUCUCCAGCGUGCCUGCAGAGGUGCUUCGCAACAUUGAGGCUGAUACCUACUGGUGCAUGAGCAAGCUGCUGGAUGGCAUUCAGGACAACUACACCUUUGCCCAACCAGGGAUUCAGAUGAAAGUAAAGAUGCUGGAAGAGCUUGUGAGCCGGAUUGACGAGCGAGUCCACCGGCAUCUGGACGGGCACGAGGUGAGGUACCUGCAGUUUGCCUUUCGCUGGAUGAACAACCUGCUGAUGCGGGAGCUGCCCCUGCGCUGCACCAUCCGCCUGUGGGACACCUAUCAGAGUCAACCCCCAAGAUAAACUGAUGAAGACAUGAAAUGUGGCAUCUCUAGGCCUGUUCAUUAAAGUUGUUUCCAGUAGGAGAGAGGAGAAACGAACGGCACAGAGACUGACGAUACAGACCUGGACUCCAGUCCACCCAGGCCUCCAUGUGGAGUGUUCUGUGUGGUGGCAGGACCGAGGGUGCACCUGCCCACCGAGCUCUGUAGUGCUGUUUACUAGGGGAAGCAGAGCGCACACAAGAGACCCCAUAGCCCAUCUGUUCAUUGCCUGGCAGAAUGUGAGCAUGCUCACACCUGCUGCGUCCCUGUGUCUUACACAAGAUGGAGUACCAAUGGAGGAGUGAGCCAGGAGCCACCGACAAAGAGGCCCUCUGAAGAGGGAGUCACGUGGAAGGGGCAGGAGUGAGGCCCAGCCUCUCAGAACUCUGCUUCUCACUUUAGAAGCAUGGAUUGCUUUAUUUAAUUAUUAAACCAAAGUGCACCAAGUUACGAAACCUGUCCUCGAAAACCAGAGUAAAACUGAUCAGAGUAAAACUGAUUUUUUUUUUUAAAUCCUAAGCUCCAUCAAGUCUGUGCUUUAGUUAUCCAAAGAGAACUGCAUCAGAGAGACUUUCCAGCUGUUAUAGUGUGCAGUCCGUGAAGAAGACUGCUCAGGCUCUGUGUGUGUGUGUGUGUGUGUGUGUGUGUGUGUGUGUGUGUGUGUGUGCGCAUGUAUAAUAAAAAAUAAAAAAUAAUAAUAAAAAAUAAAUUAAGAGCAGUACUCGACAAACAUUCACAGUAGUAAUAUUAGUGUUGUUUUGAAACUGUUUACACUGACUGAAAUGCGUAUUUACAUAUGUAUAUUAGGGAAAAACAAAUAGGUAAUUAUGAUAAUGCCAUAGGAACUAAGAUUUUUUAUUACCAGAGAGAAGAGAAUCAAGCAUGAAUUCAAAGACUUAAAAUCUAUGUAAUCUUAAAUAUGAAUUAAGACUUGGCUUAAAAUUAUGAUGCCUUUUUAAAAAAAAAGAAAUUAUAAUACCUAGUUCUUCAUGCAAAAUCACUAUAUCCGAAAGGAAUGUGGGGAGGGGAACAGUCCUGCCUCAGCCCUCCACUAUGUCCUAUGAGAAGGGACCAGGGCUUUGUAGGAAAGGCCUGGUUUAGGAUGCCCCAGAUGAGCUAAGGGACAUCAGGAGGCCUUCCUCAGGGCCAUUUACUGGGGUAGCCUAUAUGUCUAUGGAUUCAUUGUAAUUUUUAAAGAAAACCCUAGUUUUCCUUUAGAGACAGCUGUCACCAGCUGGUAAACAAGUGGAAAGAUUCAGGUGUGCAUGUGUCCUCCUGGUGGCCAGGCAGUCUUGGAAGGAGCACACUUUCUUCAGGGAGAAAUGCAGGUGUAGGUGCAGAGGGGGCAGGAGACCUGUAGUGUGACGUACAGAAACAGUGAGCCAAGGCAGUACUCACCAUCCCCUGGGAAGCCAGCCAGGGGAACUUGGCAGCGGAUGGCCCUGCCUGGCUGCACUUGGACCCAGAGCUUGCAGGGAGCUGUUUGACGGAUGGUUAUGUAUGGCAGCACCUGGGCCUGUCGCUCCAUCAUUAUAUUGUAAGAAGGAGACCAUGGGCAUUCAGUGUCUCCUGAUAGUGUAACUAUGCCAAAUACCUCAGAGUACAAUCCUAGCCUUUCAAUUUGAGUCCAGUUUCCAGGAAGUACCAGGGAAGAAGUACAGGUAGGACCCCCACUGUAGGAAUGGCCCUGUCAAGACUAGGGUGGACUCCCCUUUUAACAAAAGACUGGUUCUCAAAGGAAACAAGACACAGGCGUGGGACUGGGAGGGUCUGAGACAGGCUGAGAGGCAGGGCACUGACUGUUCCACACAUCGAGAGCUUGCAUUUGAAGCCCAUCAGGGCAGAGCAGCACUGAGGGAGCGUGGGAUUUGGAGGCUCGUUGAGUUACACUGAGGAAAUGGAACAGUUUCAGGUGGGAAUGUCUCUGCUUUUAGAAAAGAGCUUUUGGCUCUAGAAGAAGCAGUUUGUCGUGUAGCACAGCACCCAGGGUGGCUUUUGAAUGAUCCAGUGGUGUGAGGUUGGGGUGGGGUUGGCAAGGAGACUCCUUGGUGGAGCUGCGAUCCUCAUACAUCCCAGUGAUGAACAGGUAAUCUCCUCAAAUGGUGCUUUUGAAGAGGCUUGUUUGAAAAUGCUUUUAAAAUGCUACCCCAUUCAGGGCUAGGUUGUGGGUUUCUAUAACUACCAUUUGCUCCCUAAAGCAGCUUCCCUAUGAGCUGUGAGCGCACUAGUCUAUGGGUAUACACACAGGUAUGUAGAAGGUAACUUGAGACUCUGUCCCUUUAGCCAAACAAAAACACCAACAACAACAAAAACCCCAGAACCAAAAAAACAAAACAAAACAAAAAAACAAAAAAACCCCAAACACCCAUAAUUGGGCCUAUGACCUCCUCAACUGGCUUUAGACUUGGUUCACAGUAAGGUAUAAGUUCCAGUCUGUGCAUCUGGGCCUUAAGUCCAGAACAGAAAGCUGUUAGGGUUAUUUUUUAAAAGACGAUGAUGACAUAAGAUUGUGAGGGAAAUGGGGAGGUCUGGAAAGUUAGGCGGAAGUGGAUAUAAUCCAGAUGUGCUGUAUUCAUUAACCAAGUCAUGCACACGCACACCCCAUGCACUGGCAGGCGUGUAUGCACACACAUGCGAGUGCAUGCACACACAUAUACACAUAGGCAUGCACAUGCCCACACACUACAUACUUCCCUCCCUCACCCCACCCCAACUUCUCUCCCCCUUCCCCCUACUCACACACUUAAUAGGUCUGGCCUGAGCAAAUGAGUACAGGAAGCCUGCAGGUGGUGAGUGGCCACAGCAGCCACAGGCUGGAACCUGGGGGUGAGGUCAGCUUGCCUGACUGGGAGCCCCACUCAUCUGGCUCUCACUCUCUCUCAUUGGGCUGCAGGUCCCCUGUCUCCUCUCAUCAGGAACUCUUCUCUUGGUCUACUUCCUGCUAAAUCUGCAGUUCCCUGGGGGAAGGUCUGUUAGGUGAUCCCUUUUGUUGAAAUUGGUUUCAAAGCAAUAAAAGACACAUUCACAGCCCAAUUUGCUGGGGGACAGGUGCCAAUGUUUGUUCAAGGCUGGUGGUCCUGGGCCCUUUAAGUGCUCAGCCAUCAGCUAUGGUCAGGGGUCAGGGGUCAGAGUGGCUCAGCAGGAAGCUACCAAUUAGCAAAUGAUGUGGAAGUUUGCACAGCAUCCCUUCACUCUCUCAUUAUCUUUUUCAUUUGUGAAUCCCCACUGAGAGCAGAAGUAAGGGGUGCAGAGGGGACCCACACGAGGGGAAGGAAAGGCCUCUCUUCUAGAAGCUUGUAUCCCAGCAAGUGGUUCUUCAUCUCUGCUAUGGGUGGGAGCCAUCUCUCUGGAGCUUGUUACAGUGAAGGUUGCUCGGCCACCACCAGGAGCUCCAUUUCUGUCUACCCUAGGGCAGAGUGUCUGUGUGCCCACCAGUGUACCUUCCAUGCUGGGAGCUGAGGGUGAAGGCCCUAGGUCACAUGAGGUCCAUUCACUGUCCUCAGGAAUCCCCAGCUCAAGGUCACCUCAGGGACACCGGUUGUUCCCGUCUCAGUAUCAGGCACAGCUCCUCUUAUUUAUUUCUACAUUGCCAGCUCCUCCUACAGGUUCCAGUUCCAACUGGAAUCCCCACUGGCACCACAGAAGCCUAACUUGCCAGCCCGCACUCAGGUCUCCAUUGCCUUCUAAGACGUGGUUGGCUCUGUCCCCUCUCCAGGUGGAUGUGGCUCCCAAAGGCCCACCUGGUGCCCAUGGUGGACGGCCAGGCCGUGUAGCCUUAGCUUCAGGUGAGACUCCCGUGUGGCCCAGUUGGGGCUCAUGUCAAGGGGUAUCUCUUGGGGGAGUAGACUUGUUGUGGUUCUUUUCUGAUGGUCCAGAGCCUUGGAAUGCAGGCCUUGUGGUCUGGCCCCCAUGCUUCCUAAGGCCUCAGGGUUUAUCUGGUUAUCUCUGCCUCUCUUCAGCUGAGAAAUGCAUGCUGAGUUUUCACAUUGCUGCUCUCCCUGAGGUUUAUGCGGAGGCCAUUGGCUUCACCAUGCACAGCCAACAGUUUGGAGUGUAAAGCUGGUUUUGCAUUUGGUUUUUUGAAACAGUCCUGUUAUAUAUCCCAGACUGGCCUAGAACUCCCUAUGUAGCCUACACUGGCUUCAAACUCAUUGUAGGUCUCCUGUUCCAACCUUCAAAUUCUGGGAUUCCAGCAUCAGACACAAUGACAGCUGAGAACGGGCCUUUGUGCUGUAUGUUUAGCCAGCCUUAUGUUUUAGGUUUGGACUGGAUGACCAGAGAUACUAUGUGGUUGUGUAGGUGAGGAUGGCGCUGAGACAGGACAGUGACUUGUCUGUUGUCCUGAGGAUGGGAGCUGUUACAAGGGCCUUUCUGGCUGCAGUAGCCCUAUGUUACCACAGAAUAGAAGGUGUUGGAGGUUAGGGGGUGGGUUCCUACAUCUAGGGACCACUGGAGGUGGGUACAUUCCCUCAGGAAUCCCCUGGGGAAGGCCAGUGAAUAAUGCAAUGUCCACAAGUGUCCUUGAGUGGUGGUGGGGAUUAAGCUCCCAGAGCACAGGAUAAGAGUAGUAAUCAAUGGAAGGAGCCCAAAGAUCUCAGCCAACAAAGACCUUAAAGGAGGGCAGGAGAAGGGCUUUACCAGCUCUGAGAAUAGGGGCCAGUCCUUGGAGAAAGUGGAUGGGAACCCCAGGCAGAGGACUGGAGUGAUGGUGCAGGCUUGGCAAGCACACAGUGGCAGUGGUGCCCAGGGGUGCAGGCUGUUCAGUCUCUGCUGGGGAUGCUUACUUAUACUUGCGUGCUGCCCAGGAGAACAGCCCAACCCCUGACAGGGCCUGACUGCAGCUCCCUUGCUCAUUUUCUGCCCGCUUGCCCUUUGGGCUAAGUUGGCUUUGCACAGAGGCUUUGAGUUACUAACUGGCAUGAUGUCAUUUCUUUCUUCAAAGUAAAAUUAAUCAGGGCCCACAGCAGGAUCUUUUCCUUUGAGUUUCCUUUGAGUUUGCCAGGAAUGUCCUUGACACAAAUUUAAAAGUGUUGGAGUGUUUCAGGUUGCUGAGGGUGUCAUGGGUUCCCGCACGACAGCACUGAUAGACCAGACAGUGGCACAGCAUCUUCUAAAACUGCUGAGUUGAGACAGACUUGGGAUGGUAAGGUCUGGGACGUGGGAGGGGGGCAUGGUAGGUCAAUUUUUCUUUCCUUAGGCCCCCCUACAGUCCUUCAGUGCUUGUAUAAUUCAUGGAGUUUUGACCCAGCAGCAUUAAAAGGGUGCCUUUGAUUUCCUCUAUCAAGGAGAAAGCAUUUGCAGGCAGUGUGCUCCCUGUGAUGUGAGACAUGGUGGUAACAGACAGCCCUGUGAUCCCACACUGUCCCACGUGUGUGCCUUGAGUGUCUGUGCUGAGGGACCCUUGCUCAAAUAUGUAAGUCAGGCUCACCCUUUAUGUGUGUUUCUUGGCUGCCUUUUGCUGGGGUUCAUUUGUGUGCUGGAGGUUGUUCUUUCCUCACAGGCCCAAACGAAGAUCCUGGAUCAGUGGUUCAGAGGGGCUUAAGGGUGCUCUCUGCUUCCCAUGAUCUCUAGAUUCUUCCAGACAAUCUGCUAGAAUAACUGGUUGACCCCUUCAGAGACACCAGCCACACAGAAGUGGAGCUCCUUACGGAAUAUUGAUUUCUUGUUAGUUAAUGGAAUAUUAAAGGGACCUAGAGACAUAGCACCAGAAAACACCUUCAGAUUUGCAGGCAGACCUUGACCUGCAUGGCUACUGACUGUGAUGAUGAAUUUAUACUUCAGUUUGCUGAUCCAUCAUGCUCAGGUAGUUAGACAAGCAGUGUUCUGUAAGUUUCUGUGAGUAUUUUUAGAGUGCGAUUAACAAUUAAACUUAGGGGACUUUGUAUAAAACUGAUGUCUCUCUAUCACAUAGAGGGGACUUAUCUAAUCUCUGAAGGCCAUAAAAGAUCAAAGACUGACUUUAUAAGCAAGAAGGAAGUCUGUUGGUAUAUGGCCUUUGACCUUGAACUGCUUUUUCUGGGUCUCUGGCUGCAUGCUAUCAGCUCCUAGCAUGAACAUAUAUGUGUGGAUGGAGACACACACACAUGCUCCCCCACCCCACCCCUCUUUCUCUCUGGCUUUGUUUCUCUGGAUGUCCCUUAUGAAUACAUUAACCAGAAAUUCCUGACAGUAUUAUUUCCUGUGUUAUGAUACCUGCUGGCUUUUGAAGAAUAGCUUCAGUUCAGGGAGUCCUGAUGUAUUGAGGGCACCAACCAAAAUCCCAGGAGCUGGCAUAGACCAUGAGGGUCAUCUUAUUCCCAAAGGCUUCCUUUCUAAGAUUGGAACAAUGAGAGUCUGCCUCAUGAUACACAGAUGUGAUAGCCAGUGACCUUUGCCAUUUAAGCAGCUGGAAUGCUCUCAGACAUGGACAGACACCUGCCAAUAAGUAUCUGGCCAAAGCUAAUGCAGGUUGGCGUGGAGUUGAUAGAUCGGUCACUUUGAAGCCGGCUCAUUUGUGCUCCACGAUUUGGCCGCAUAAUGAAGUGUGAUUUACAGUUCUCAUUACUGGCCUAUGCACCAAACACAGGGAUGUUGGUGUGAAUUUUAAAAGGGCCGUGCUCUGCAUUACCGGCAGGUAAUUGUGUCAUGCAGUGGCCUGCUGAUGAAUAUUUCAAAGGAAAUCAUGGCCCAGCAUUUGCCUGCACAGCUGAAGUUGGUAUAUUUGAAUCUGAGCAGAGACUGGGAAAUAGUCUCCUUCAUUAGAAUGGCCUCAGAAUACAUCUAUGUAAAUACGUGUACAUCGGGGAUCUCCUGGUGCCUGAGGCCAGUCAGUUUUUCCAGUGCCAAAACUUAUAAGUAUAAUUUAAUGAUGCAAUUAAAGGUGAAAAAUUGUUCCUUUUACCACUUUACUAUACACACACACACACACACACACACACACACGCACGCACGCACGCACGCACACACACCCUCAACAAACUGAAAGCGAUUAUAGAUGGGUUUUGUUUUUUUUCCUGCCUUAUUUAUUACAUUUUAAAAACUGCACAUCAUAUGUAAUUUGCAUUUAGUUAAUCUGUAGUCACCUUUGAACUUCAUUUUAUUUUGAAAGUCACAUGGAAACUACUGGAAGCUGGUAUUCAGGGUUGGGAAACCUGAUGUCAUGGUAUCAAGGUUUACUUUUUCCCUUCCUCUGGUAACUGAUGGAGGGGAGUUGCUGAUGAACAAGAGUAGCUGACAGACAGGAGAGGCCAAUGGUCAGAGGUAGCUGAUGGACAGGAGUGACUUCUCCCCUUGGGUGCCUCUAUGCUCCAGGAUGCUGGUGCUUAGACCAGGGACAGGCAGUUUCUAACAGAACAAGUGGUCAGAAGUCCCACAGCUCAGGGCCAGGGGAAGAAGUGUGGCCAGGAGAGGAGGAACAGCUGUGAACAUUGCCAGAAAGAAGCUACUGGGCAGGACUGCCCAAGGUCAUGAUAACCAGACUGCCAGGAGAUGAGGCCAUUGAAUCUGCCUAGCAGGGCAGAAGGCUGGGCAGACUACUCUUGUCUUUACAUCCUGUGGUUCCCAGGCUUGGAAUACCCAGAUGGAGAGACCCUACAAAUAGGUAAGAGUGUUAAUAGCUAUGGAAGACCAUGCAAAAUUGGUCUCUGGUGUUUUUCUUAAUUAUGAAAAAUGUGUAAUAUACAGAAAAGUCCGGUAAUAACUCAACAAAUACCCAUGUACUCAAUACCCAGGAUAUUAAAUCUAAGAGUUUUUUUUUUAAUAUCCUGCCUUGGGUCUUUAUUUAUUUAGAAAUUAAGUUUUAUAUGUACCUCAAAGUCUUUUCCCUUCCUUUCUAUAGCUAAGUCCCUUGAAAUUGGCUUUUAUCAUCCCCUUUGUAAACUGUUAGUCAAUUAAUCAAAUGUAUAUAUCCAUAAACAAUUUAGUAGUACACUGGAUACACAGUCUGUUAAUAGCAUCACGCUUAAACUUCAUUCACAGCGUGAUUAAUGCAGCUCUGUGUUGCUAGCGUUGGUCUGUCGUGAUGGAUUUGGGUCUGUUGCUCUUGUACUUCAGUUCCUCGAUGGCUGGAAAGGCUGGGCUCUAUUCGUUCCUCUGUCACACAGCUCAACAGUGACUGAGUGUGUUGCAACUACAAAUAACUCUAAGCCUGACCUCUGACCUUGUUACCUGUCUCCACCACUGACUUUGUACUAAUCUUCACCUUUGACCUUGUACCCAUCUCCACAUGCCCUUGCCCUAGAGAACUUGAAGAAUAGCAUUUCCUUUUUUACAGGGUUGGUGGGAUUUUAAAUUGGCAUAGUCAUUAUAGAAACCAGUUUGCCAUCUCCUGAAAGUUAGAGAUAGAACUGCCAUAUGGUCUGUGAUCCUGCUGUGGAGUUAAGUCAGUCCUGAGGGACAUCUGCACCCAGGAUCCUUGCAACAUUAUUCCUGAUAACCAAGGCAGGAAAGGUCCUUGAUGUCUAUUCUCAACAAGACAUGGUGGGCAAACUUGCAUGUGAUUCUAGCUAUAUGUGGCAUGCAGCCAUAUGCAUAAUUCUAUGUACCAGUAUAUAACAUAUAUAAUAUAUAUUAAAUGCAUGAGCAUUAUCCAGGGAGGAGGGCUUGCCUUUCAUGUUCCUUGGAGGACAUUGCACUAAGCUAGGCACAGAAAGACAAGUACUGCAUGAUCUCACUAGCAUGUGGAUCUAAACCGGUUGAGCUCACAGAUGUAAUGAUGGUGGUUGCUGGGGCCUGGGGUGGGGAAUGGGGCUAUCUGAAAGGGUGUAGAGUUCUAGUUAUCCAGGACCAAUGAGCUCUGACAUGGAGAACACAGGCUACUGACUACCUUAAACAAUUCUGUAUAGAGAGUUGACAUUUGCUGAGAAGGGAGUCUGAUGAGUUUUUGUCACAUACAGAGGUAAUUGCAGGGUGACAGAUGUGCUGAUGAGCUUGAUUGUGGGGACUCAGCUCACACAGAGCCAGGCUCACUGCGCUGGUUCUAUAUCUUCAGCUCCAUCCUGGUAAAGCUCAGAGACACAGUAGCUCACACUAAGAGGGCACUUGGGAGACGCCAGAGUCUGAUGUAGCCGUGUGGGCUGAGGCUUUCUUAGUGGUCUUUUCUCAGCAUACCAGACUCUGCCAGACUUGUCUGUCUCUUAGCCGGGGUCUGGGGGACUUAGGACUGCUAAGAGGAGCUCUGAAUGACUAAGGAAGACCAUGUCAAAGGAAGGGUGCUGCCAUUCCAAGGUGAACAAGGUAGGAGGGCCCUCUCCCAGCAGAUCUGUCUUCAGGGUACAGUGGGAGCAGCAAGGUGCAUUCAGGCACAGCCAUGACUCAUCUCGUCAUCUUUUCACCCUGAUGCCAUUGUCACUGGGUCACAGUGUCACCUUCAUCUCUGUCUUAUGCAACAGAUGCCCUACUCCUCCAUCCCACAGCUCUAUGAUGGAUCAGGUGGCAGUCAUUACUGCCUGUCAUCAUAACCAGCAGCUCUUCCCCGUGAGUGACGUGUAGACUCCAGGGACAUCUGCACAUGGGGCUUUUUGCCCCUGGUAUCUGGCUACUCUUCGUAGGUGUGGGCCAGGUGUCUGUGGGAAGCCUGUAGUUGUAGGGAGCGUAGUUGCUGCUCUUGACUUUCUGAGUCCACACGGUAUAGAAAAGUCACAACUGGAGAGGAACUGUGGAUGAGUGCCUUCCUCACAAACAUUCCCAGUAUGGGAGAAUGUUCUAGAGGAAAUGUUCUUAGCUGCCCAUUCUAUGCUUUCAUUGCUAGGAUCACUGCAGAGGUGGAAAUCUGGCCCUUAUAAAGCCGAGACUCCUGAUUCUUAUCAUGGAUCAUAAAGGGUGGAGAGUGUUUGAUGUAAAGAGAAAGAAGGACUUAGACUCUGCUUUCACUUCUAGAAACAUGUAGGAAGCAAGGGGUUGAGGGGGAAGUGUAGAAAGGGUUGGAGGCCUGUGGGUGGGAGAGCCAGGGUGAGUUGUAUUUUGGGGAAGGAGCUGGGAAGAGCUGUAAGUCAGUGUUCAGCUCCACCCUUGGUAUGUAAAAACAAAUUUUAGAAAAGGAUAGGGUAGGUAUUGUCACAUCCCUGUAGACAUCAGGGUUGCUCCUCAUACUGGGACUUUUGUAUCCUUGAACUACAGUGGGGAUGCAGUCACACAGCCCUGGGUGAUAUCGUGGUUGAGCCACCCAAGCUAAUCCUAAGGGCCCGUCCAGUUUGGGUGUUGGAUGUGUGUUCUCAUGAGGACAGUGAGCCUCAGUCCUGGGUUAGAGAGGCCUGUGCUGGGGGACAGGGACAUAAACUAUAGAGUCGAUGAUGGACAGGCAGGCAAUGACAGCCACAAAUGGGAGCCAUUGCAGGGAAGUGAUUGGGGCUAUAUAGUAGAGAGACUAAAGCCCACCUAGUGGCUUCUCAAGCCUGUGUUUGCCCCAUCUCUGUUGGCACAGGCUAGUCCUGGCUUAUCCUCAGUGCAUUGCUAGCCCUGUCAGGGAGGAGAUCCUUUCUACAAAUGGUGGACGGGAGCAUGAUACCCAGUCUCUGGGUAGAUGGAAAGAGCUUUAACUAAAUUAGCUCUGGGCUUCUGUGGGGCAGCACUUGAGCCUGGCAGGAUCUGUUUCAAACAUCACAUUCCUUCUCAAAGCUCAGGAGCACUUCCCAACUUGCUCACAUGGGUGGCGAGACUGAGUCUGGCCCUGGCAGACUUACGGCUAAGUCGUCAUUUACUGUGUCCUUACCUAGUGAUUAAGACAGUAAUGCCAAAAUGAUUGGAAACAAAACCUGCUCUUCUGUUGUUAUCAUGGAUGGUGGUUCCAGCAAGACGACCUCACAUUCUUGGUGUUUGAGCACUUGGCCCGUAGUUGGUGGAACUUUGGGGGAAGGUUAGGAGGUGGAGCCUUAGCUGGAGAAAUGGGUCACUGGGGUUCUACUUUUGGGUUGCUCUCUCUUUCUUCAUGCUCAUAGUUAGGGUGUGAGCUCUCAGCCUCCUGCUCAGACCACAGUGCCUGUCCCCUUGCUGCCAUGCUUCCCACCAUGAACUCAACUUUCUGAGACCAUAAGCCCCAAUAAAUUCUUUCCUCCAUAGUCACUCUGGGUCUUUGUGUUUGAUCAUAGCAACAGGGAGUUAUUAACACACCACAGGAUAAGAACCUUGAACCCUGAGUUCUCCUUCAGUGCUCCUGUGGUGUUUCCUCUGUAGACAGGAGGUAUAAGGACAAUGGGGCUGUGCCACUCCUACAGGGAGGAGCCCUGGGACAGAAUGAAGACAUUGCUAAGACUGGUAGCCAGUGGCCACCAGCACAUCUCGGGGUGGCUCUAGCUGUACUCCCUCUUCCCAUACCUCUGAACCAUGUCUGGGUGGGAGCCUCCUGUAUGAGAUCCAGAUGCUCCUUCGAAGACAGCAACGGCAGUGCCACGGUGCUCCACUCUGGACACACCUUAGUUAUAAGCCAUCAGGUUCCAGGAUUUGACUGUGCUCUUCAGGUCUCUCAGGCUGUAGUUACAGAGGAGCAGAAGCAGGGCAGGUCCAGCAUUGGGGACAAUGGGUCCUUCCCAUUGUCGAGGGAUCUCUGUAGCUAGGGUCUCUUUAUCUAACCAGGUGCAGGAAUUACAUAUUAACCCCUAGCUGAUACGAUGGCCAGUAAGCACCUCAUACCCUCCCUGAUACCCUCCCCUCCCCAAUCUAGAACCAUUCCUACAGGUGACUUCUAGAACCAUUCCUACAGGUGUUUUGUGACUUCUGGAUUCCUGCUGGGAAAAGCAGGGCAUUCCCAGCAUCCCUACAGUUCUGUUGGUACUUGGGCUGAGGGAGGGAGCUUUUCACGCUCCUGCCCCACCCAUGAAAUUCCCAGACAAGACAGGACCACAGUUGUCCAGGAGCUCUUUCCCCCAAGACAACUCUUCCUGUCCUCUUUUCUGCUCGCCUCCCUCAUGGAGCCUAGAGCCUGGGAAACUGAGGCAGUCCUAGUGGCCAUGGGCAGGGAGGGCAGCAAGGACAGGGAACCGGGGCUGGAAGGAAGGACUGGACCAGGGCUCAGUCCCUUUCAAAAAGCCCGUGGUCCAGAUAUGCAGCAUGAGCACACAAACAGCCUACACUGUAAUUCUCUGUGGUUUGAAAUGUCACUGACAAGGGAAUCCUAGAAGCCAUGGCCCUUUCUGCUGGCGUAAGGCUCUUUACAAGGCUUACCAGUGGCCUCUUGGCUUGACUGUUGUCCCGAGUGGUGACAAACUAUGUGGUGAAAGAGAUUGAGCAGGUCCAGCCUGUGGUCUUUAGCUGCUGCCCUCCCCCUGCCCACUGUUCAUGCGCCCUUCCUGGGAUGCUGUAUGAAUCAUCUGGGUUAAGCUUCAUUACAGCAGAGGCCCAUUUUCCAUUUAUGAUGAGAAUUUUCUAUUUAUCAAAUUGUUACUCUAAUAUAAUUUACCAAGUCACUGAAGACAAAUAAUCCACUUAGACCAAGCUGUAAAACUCCGUUUGUCCAUAACUCCUGUUCUCUGCAGUUUGGCUCACGCCGUGUUCCUCUCUCAGCUGGAGACAGUUCAGGCUGCAGGAUUCACAGCCCAGCUCUUCAGUUCCUGUGGGGUUGGCCUGCAGGGUGUCCUGCAGCCCACCUGAGCCUUCUCUGCUUAAUAAAAUGAGCAGAGUUAGGAGCGUGUCCAAGACUUCACAGAGAAGGCAUCAAUCUGGAGCACCCCCCAGCACUCCUGACCCCCUGGUCCUCUCAGCUUACAGUGCUGGGCUCUGCCCUUCCUUUCUUAGGGAAUUUCCCUCCAGCCCUUAAGUGUCGGCUCACCUUCAGUAUUUAUGAGAGAGGAAAACGAAUGUCUGGGUCUGUAGAUACCCAGUGUCUUGUCCACUAAUGCUGCCUGCCAGCCACACCAGACUCUCAGGGGAGCCAGGAGAGUGGGAAAUGGGGUUUCAUUCUGUCUCUAAUUCUACUGUUGGGUUUGGGGACACAAAUUGCAAAGAAAAGAGACCCCAGAGUCGGUGGAACAGAGGAUUAGAAGACAGAGUGUGUGCCCAUCAAUGACUCAGUGUGGGAAAUGGCAGCAGCCUUGGUGAGGAGAGGUGGGGCGGGCUCGGCUGACUGAAAAGAGGAUGGGUUUCUCUGGCCGAUCAAGGGUAUAUGGUGUGCCAACAGUUCAGCACAAGCUAGGCAGGCCUCAGGUCUGGAGCACUGGAGGAAGCAGGAGAAGGUCAGAGGUCAGGGGUAUCAGACAAGAGGCUGACGGCAACUGUGGUCCUCCAUGGUUAGUGACAUGAUAUGAUAGUACAUGACAGUACCUCUUAGAGGAGGCAUCCUAGUCACACUGUGACAGAGUGCUAAGGUCACUGGGUGAAGGUCUUACGAUAUCUUACCACACUUCUCAGCUGCUGCUUGUUUCUACAGAGAGAUUUUGUGUGUUGUUGGUGCUGUGGCAGCUACCACAGCAGACAUGCUACAAGGUUAGUAGGAUCGAAUGCAUGCUUUUGAAGAAGUUGAGACUGUUUAAAGGAAGUAAGAUGGCAGAGGCGAAAUCCACAAGGUCCUUCUCCUCCAGGAUGCACCACAGGGCUGGUGUGGUUUUGACAAGUGUGAACACCACUUCAGAGACCAGACAUCUGGGGGAACUCUAAGUUGAGAAAUUUGAAGGAAUAGCCCCAAAGAUGUAUUGCCCAGACAUCUGCCCUGUGAUCUCUGGGGUCUGCCGAUUACUUUUAAUGAGCCAAUUGCUACUACCUGGGCCCUGUUCAGGGCUGCCAGGUGCGAGGCUUUCCUUUUGUCUCUUUGGCCAUUGAGGUAAUGAAAAAGGAAGGACCCAGCCCCACACACUUUCCAACCAUUGUCCUACAUUCCGGUGGGCUUGGAGCUCCAGGUCAUUUGACAAUUGCCUGGAAAAGUUGCCCAUUGAAAAUCGACUUUAAGUAGCUCAAAGUCCUGUGAGGCACCAAGCAGAGGAAAGGCAUGUCUGAAAGCUUCAGGGAAUCCCGACAGGCUUGUGUUCCAAUGAAGGGAGUCACAGACAGAGGAGUCAGCAGAAAAGACAGCUUCAGAGAGGGAGGUGUGAUUUGGUGCUGAAAUGCAGCCUAGAGUAUGCUUGGGCUGUUGGAGAUGGAACAAGGAAAGUACUAAAUGAAGGAGAAGGAAAGGGAGCCGACACAGUGUGCAAGACUGAAAAAUCCUCAGAGUCAAAUGUGAUAAAUGAACUAAACAGCAAGCAUAACAUGGAGGGUGUGCAGGAUCCCUCAGCAGGUAAGGAUGCCUGCCACCAAGCCUAAUGAUCUGAGUCUGAGCAUCAGAACUUACAUGGUGGAAGGAGAGGAAAGACCCCCAGGUGGCCCUCUGAGCUCCACUUGACUGUCAUGCUAUGCUAUGCAUUUGCGUAUUGUGCACAAGUGUAUACGUACACACAGAGGCAAAUAAAUGUAGUAAAAAUUUUUAAAAGGAAAUUGUGACACAGAGGGAGAGAAGAUUAGUUAGCUAAAGAUUUAAAGAAAAUGGGGGUUGGGGAUUUAGCUCAGUGGUAGAGCCUUGCCUAGCAAGCGCAAGGCCCUGGGUUCGGUCCCCAGCUCCGAAAAAAGAAAAAGAAAAAAAAAAAGAUUUAAAGAAAAUGAAUUGCCCACAGACAUAUAAAAUAUAACAGAAAUGCGGGCUAGAAUGACAAGAGCCUAAAUCAGCCUCACCAGAAUUCUGAGAAAAGUGCAAAGACCAUCAGAGAGAUGGGUGAACUCUUGGUGUGAAGUUAACAGAUCUGAUCAUGGUUUCCUCUUAUAAGAACUGCUCCCCUACAUGCCAAAAGAUAAGACAUCUCUGACAAAAUAACUAUCCUAGGGAAACUGCACAAGGAAGGUUCUAGAGAGCAGCCAAAGAGAGUUCCAGGGCUGAGUAACAAAUAGACCGAGAGCAUUAAAUAGCAGAAACUAGGAUACAGUGCAACGAACUGUUUGACCACAGCAUAGGACAGCCCCGAGGAUGGCAAUGGAGUAAGUGAGGAUGCAGUCUGCGGGGACCAGUCAAGAGAGCCUUGCUAGAGGAAAGUUGGGUUCCUGGAUUUCACAAAAAGUGGUGACCUCAAAAGACAGGACAUCUCUCUGAGCAAAUCCAAGCGAGCGUUAAUACAGAAAGCAACACCAAAGACAUCCCAGGUUCUUUUCUUUUCUUUUCUUUUUUUUUUUUUUUGGUUCUUUUUUUCGGAGCUGGGACCGAACCCAGGGCCUUGCGCUUCCUAGGUAAGCGCUCUACCACUGAGCUAAAUCCCCAGCCCCGACAUCCCAGGUUCUAAGGAAGGUAGCCAGGAUGAUGCAGACCCCUCGUGUGAUGCUGGGGAAGGAGGAAGCAAUGUGUGUCUUGGCUGUGACCUCAGUGAAGGUCACUUCCUGUGCUGAUUGGGGUUAAGAUAAGGGUAAUGGCUAAUUUUCUUUCAUUGUAUAUUUAGUGCGUGUGUGUGUGUCUGUCUGUCUGUCACAGUGCACAUGAGGUCAGAGGACAAUGUGUAGAUCGGGUGAUUGGGCAGGUGACAAUCACCUUUACUCCAUAUAUCACCUUGCAGGCUCCAUGCUCACCAUGGAGUUAAGCUUGUCUGCUAACAUAAGGCUACUGCUAAGCCAAGAGCAGAGACUUGCUAAUUUCUGGGUCAAUUAGACAUAGACCUUGGAAUAAUGAGUAAAGACAAGUCAGUUCACUACAAGGAAGAAAGGAAGUGAGGACAGGGAGCCACCAGCAGGUUGCCAGUUUUAGGAUGCAGAAUAACAGAACAUGUCAGUCAUGGUUGGCAGGGACCAAGUUGCUGAAUUAGGGACCCUGACUUCAUUUGGAAAGAUCUGUCACUAUAGAGACAAAGGGAAAUUAAGGAUUUAAAAAGAAAAACAUGUGGGGCUGGGGAUUUAGCUCAGUGGUAGAGCGCUUACCUAGGAAGCGCAAGGCCCUGGGUUCGGUCCCCAGCUCCGAAAAAAAGAACCAAAAAAAAAAAAAAAAAAAAAAAAAAAAAAAAAAAAAAGAAAAACAUGUUCCAGAAAUUAGCCAACAAUUACCACAAGGAACCAGAUUUGGAAGAUUUUAGGAAAAUGUUUUCAGUAUCAUUAGAACAAAUGACAUUUUUAGGGACAUUCUGGCAAACAUUGCAAUUUACCUAAAUCCCAAAAACCGUAAAGUGCUGCUGAAGAUAAAGAGACUUAAGUGAGUGAAGGGUCAGGAAACUCAGGGUUUCUAAGGUGGGCGUGUGUGCAAUUACAGGUACACACAGGCACACAGAUAAACAUGCAGCGGCACAGACACACAUAGAUACACAUUAGCACGCAUACAUAGACGUGUGCAUACACACACAUACAUAGACACACAUAGACACACACAUUGGCACACAUACAUAGACAUGUGUGCACAUACACAGAUACACACACAGACACACAUAGACAUACAUAUACACACAUGCAUACACACACAGAAACACGUGUACACACACACACACACACACACACACACAGGAUCCGUAGAUUCACAAGUUCUUCUGUAGUAAUUGACAAACUGACAGUGCAAUCAAUACAAAAUGGAGGAGGUGCGAGGCAGCCAAGUUCUGGAGAAGGGUAAACAUGAAAGCCAGGGUGACUGCAACCCUAACUCAGUGGGGUGGGCACCAGCUUCUUAGCAAAUUGUUGGAGCAGUGUCCGUGUACAUAAGCGCCCCUCAGCUUCUUUACACUUGCGAAAACGCGAUUGGCAAUGUACCAGAGGCCUAAACAGAAAACGUAAAACUCUAAUAGAAGCAAACCUUGUGUGCCCUUGAGUUGGGGGAAGGUUUCUUAGAUGUAACAAAUUAAAAUGGAACCUCCAGCAGAAUUUAAGACACCUUUCCCCAAAGCCACUCUUUCGAGUGUGGAAAGACAAGGUCUAGUCCAGUGAUAUUUUCCCAACAGAGGGUUACAAGAGACUUAUCAUGAUGAAGAUAAGAAAACAACCUGUAAAACUCAAGAAUAGCAAACAGCCAGAAAAAGCCUCAAGUACCAAAAGAUGUUGGGUGACAUGAGGGACGCUUAGCCAGUGGUCAUUUGGGAAGUGUAGCUAGGAGCCUGGAAGCCGCAGUGAAACACUACUGCAGGCUAUCAGAGUUGUUUGGCUCUGUGGAGUGCUGGCCAGGAUGGGGUGCAGCACGCACUUCCUUCACCGCUCCUGGGAGCAUAACACGGUAGAGCCGCUGUGGAAACUCGUGUGAUGGCAUGUUUCCAUGGGGAGACUAAUGCACAAAUGUGCACACGGCUCUGCACCAUAGUCUUGAGCUGCAAGCAGCUCCGUGUGUUUAGAUAGACGAAUGGAUAGACUGUGAAAUGCCCAUCCAGGACUACAUGCCUCAGCCUCUGCAGGGAAUAGGUACAGGGAACCACCUCAAUAUUUGUGGGGAAUAAAUUGUGGUAUGCCCAUUCAGGGGAAGCGUAGCAUUUACAGGGAAUGGAAAGACAAACUGUGGUGUGCUGUUCAGGGGAAGGUUCUGUGGAAUUUGCAGUGAAUGAACUCCGGAUGCAUGGAACAUGGCAGACAAAUUUCAAAAUAGUAGCUCUGGGUGAAGGACAUUAGGAAAAACAAGCAUGAGUCGUAAACUGGUGUGUGUCAAAGGAUAGCUCAGUAGUCAUCUGGCACAGUGGGAGGACUUCUGAAUGGCUGCAAGGACAUAUGUGACAUAUGAUAGGGGUGAUAGAUGUGUGCGUGGUCCUAACUGUGAUGAUGUUUUCACAGGGCACACAUACAGGAUGUAAUUAAUUUUAAAGUAGAUUAUGAGCAAAGCUGAUAGAUGAUCAUCAUUGUAUCUUGCUAGCCCACUGCUGCUCAAAACCAGAGACUUUUGCAGUGGAUUGCUUAAGAUGAAGGGGGUGAUGCUAACCGGCGGUGACAUAGAAGACAUUUUGAAUUCGUAUGUACCCAAUAACAUACCUUCUAGUACAGAAAACAAAUUUGGUAGAACCAUAGGAAGAGAAUAAAUCUACUGUUGCCAUAGGUAUUUUUAAAUACAUCCUUAUUUCCUGGUAGAGUGAAGAUUUUUUAACACAAUGAGUUAAUUUUCUUCAAUAGACAUACAUGAAUUGCUGCCUCCAGGAAUUCCAGCCAUGCAUUUAAGAACAGCGGGCAUUUUAUGGCACGACUUAUUCUAUGGAUAUCUAAAGAAACAUCUACUCACUCUGACACUAGCAAAACAAAGGAAGGAUCUUGUUCAGGUCCAGGUUGGUGAGUCCAUUAUGGCUACUUACAGAGUGUGAGCUGGUCAACAUGGGUCACUCACUGGCAGCCUAGUCCUGGCUGUGUGAGAACCAGGACAGUGGCCUCACUGUUUACACUCUGUCCUUCAAGGAUGCUGCCUCAGGAAGCAUUUGUGGAAGCUGUGUUCUAUUCCAACCUAAAUCCAAAUUACCUUCAAAGAACUGGAGUCCUGAAGUCCCAUCCUAUAAGAACUCGAUUAAUAGCAGUCAGUACUCACAAG